GGAAGAGUUGAUUAAAGUUGUUAAAUAUUUAUGAAUUCAUAUAUUUUUGGAUCUAUUUCUUUUGUGACCAGCAUAAAGUUCUAAACUGCUCUUGCUAAAAGUUUGGUUCGUUACAUUUUCAAACUUCCGAGAAAAAUGUCGCAGGAGAGACGUGACUUUUAGGUUAAGACAAUAUACGGGCUUAAUCCUUUUUUCAUGUGUGAUGCCUUCGUUGUGAAUAUAACAGUCUGUGCCAUGCCAUGGAGGGCCGAUCGCUCGAUCCAUACGAACAGCAAUUACUUACAGUGUUUGAAAGCUGUGAUGAACAAAACACAGGGAGCCUUGACAGAAAAAGUCUUGAACAACUCUGCUCCAAGUUGCAGCUUGAGGAACAAGGUCUGGAACUGAUGGAUUACCUUUUGGGAAAUGAUAAGUCCUCCAGGAGAGUGACGUUCACUGAGUUUAAAGACGGUCUCUUAACAAUGUUAAGAGAAGGACAAAAGAAAUGGGAUUCUGGGGGUAGAGGAUCCCCCGAUCGAGAAGUGUCCCCAAAAUUUGUUUUUGGACAGAAAAAAUAUGGACGCCGCUCUAAACCAGAAAUAAAAGACAAGGAUCCUCGUAAUAAGGAUGCUGCUGUUGAUUCUGACACUGAAAUUCUUAUAAGUAUGGAUGGGGAUGUCAAAGAUAUCAUAAUGGUAAUGAGAUCCUCACCCGACACGCCAGCUGCUGAUGAGAGCCAGUUUCCAAGAAAACGAAAGACUAGCAUUGAUGAUGGCAAGAGCUUUAAAAGAUCAAUUUCUCUUCCAGACAACAAAACUCCUGGUGUAAGUGAUGAUAGUGCUCCACCAAGCUUGGAUAGUUCUGAAGAAGAGGUCUUAAGGACAACGUGUGAUUCUCUCGGAGUAGGUCGUAAUGGUUACCUCAACAGGCAAGAGCUGGCACUUGUUUGUCAACGGAUUGGACUGGAUUCUGUUGCUGAUGAGGUUGUCCAGCAGGUAUUUGAGAAGCUUUCUGUGGAUAACGAAGGUCGCAUAAGUCUGCAAGAAUUUCUACAACUGUUUCGGAAUGCUGGAAGUUGGGCAACAACUGUGGGUGUAAGUGUGUCACCGUCGCUUGUGGAGAAGGAUGCAAUGUGUGGCCAUUCUGGAUCGAGAACUUCAGGAGCAGUUGUUGGAGAUCCUGAUGAGACAGGCGAUGUGAAUAAGGAACUACACUUCCUAGCUUUGGAUACAAACAACUCAGGGCUGGUCCCCGUGGAAGCAGUACUAGAGUUGUGGGAGACAGCAGGUAUGUCUCCUGCAACAGCAGCUCGUCUUGCUAGAGAUUUGGGGCUUCCAGAAGUGGGCACAGGUGGUCAAGUGCGUCUUUCAGAUCUGGCCACUACAUUGGAGUCAGAGCUCCCAGCAGCCCAGGCUGAUGCUGCGGCACAUGGAUAUAGUGCUCUGGAGCUCUUGCUUCAUGCAGCCCUUGCUCUCUACCAGGCAGAAGUCCGUUGUCUCAGAUUGUCUUUGGAACACCUGCGUGGCGAAAGAGACAAACUUCGAGCUGAUAUUUUAGAUGCCAAUGAACGAGCCUCCUUGCUGGCCCAGGAGGUUGAUGAUAGCCAUGCUCGGCUUGAACAGUCCAGUCAAAUGCAGGUCAAAUUAUUGGAGCAGCGUCAUGCAGAACAACUCCGUGAAGUUGCAGAACAGUUAGGACAGGAACGGGAGCAGCUGGCUGCUCAGGUACAUAACCUGGAACAAAGGUUGGCAGCACUGCAUGAGGAAGAUAGUCGACUGAGACAAGAAUUGGCAGCCUUGAAAGUGGAAAAUGAAGCAGUGGAUAAAGAAAACCAAAGUCUCUUGGAACAGUUAGAGGAAACCAGAAAAGCCAAAGCUAGCCUUCAGAAUGAGUUGGAAUCACUAGCUUCACUUCAGCAAAAGAUUAGUGAGCUGGAAGGAAGUCGAGACAUGGUUGAGCCUCUUCUUGAACAAGUUGGGCAGCUUCAGACAGAAAAUACUGAGCUUAGAGAUCGCAAUGAUGAAUUAAAGAUGAAGAUAGAAGCACUCACUGUACAGUUAUCAAGGCUUGCUAGGUCACCACCACCACCACCACCACCACCACCACCACAGCACCAGGCUGGCACAGAGAAUAACAGUGAAACUGUUACUGAUGAGGUGGGGUCGGCAGCAGUGGGUGGAGGAGUUAAAAGAAGGGGAGAAAGUGCUCUGAUUAUACCUCAGGAAGAAAACCCUGAGGAUGAUAGUCCUCGCCUUGGAAAAGUACGGCGCUGUACGCCUGUUGUAAGCAACCAUACUGAUGUUGUGGAUGAUGUCAUGAACAUGCAGGGCCUUCAGAUACAUCCUUCUGCUAAGAGUCAGUGCAUUGUGGAUGCUGACAUUGAUGUGGAUGAACCAGAGUCUUUGGAUUCAAAUCCUGCACUGUAUAGGGAUGAUGAAACUACAGGAAAUAAUGUAAGAACUUUUCCUCAUCCAGCUGAAAUAAUAACCAAGGACAGGUCUGAAGUUGAGCGCUUACAAAUGCGCAUUGCUGAGUUGGAGCAAAGGCUGUCACAACAGAACAGCAAGCUUAUGGAAUGGGAAGCUGAAAGAGAUUGCCUGCAAGAAAAAGUGAACAGAUGUUGUGAUCUGAGUUCGAAGACUCUGGGAAGUUCAGAUCUUGUUAGGGGUCAUUUGAAGAAAGUAUUCGAAACACUACGAAAACAAGCUGCAGAAGAACUGAUGGAGGAUGAGGAGUUCUUGUCUAGUCUUCAAAAACAGAAUUGUGAACCUUCCGUCCAAAGAAAUUGCAAAGAAGACAAAACUGAUAAUAUUUUUAAAGUUACCAAAUCAGCAGUCAGUAAAGUGCAGUGUGAUACUAUACCAUCAGAAGACUCUGCAGAAAGCACAAGUGGGAAAAAAGACGUAGAGCAACUGGAAAGGCACUGCAGGGACUUGGAAUCCCAGCUGGACCAAGUAAAAAUUGAAAUUGUGAAGAUCCUGUCUGAGAAAAAGGCCUGUUCUCAGGAAAACACAACAUUGAAAAGCCAUCUGUCUGAUCUACAGGGUGUAUCAGCAGAAGGACAGAAUAAUGAAGCCCAGGAGCUGCGUGAGCGGUGUGCUGAGCUGGAGGUGAGCCUGGAACUGCUGAGGCAGGAAUACGAACGCUGCGAGGACUACUGGGCUGCAAAGCUGGAUGAAGAACGCCGCCUGUCCGAGGCAGAGCAACGAGCAAGUGAUGAGAAGUUCUCAGAACUCCUUGCUAAAGUGCGGGAGUACGAGGAGCUCUGUAGCAGCACUAGCAGUGACGACGGCGAUGGUUACGCUGCUGGCAGCAGUCUUGGCAGCAGAUCUGGUCGCCUGCCAACUAUUGAUGAAAGAGCAAGCCUUGAGAAGCAGGUGACUGAUUUAGAGGAAGAAUGUGAAGAAAUGCGACAGCGGUAUGAGCAAGAGGUGGCAGAAAAAGACCAGCAACUAACUCAGUUACAGGAACGAGUUAGGAUCUUGGAAGCAAAACGAAGUAGAGGAAGAAGACUAGAUGUUGCUGUGCAAGUAGCUGAUCUUGAGAAUUGCAGUUGGGAAAGUGAUAGGACAUUCGUUGUUGAGCUUGAUGGUGGAAGAAGAGCAAGUCAAAAACUGAAGAUCCCAACUAUAAAUGGUUGUGCAACACCAGAAACCGGUUCAUCUUCUGCAGAAUCAACCACUCCUCAUACACAGAAAUUAAAAGGUGCAGUCGAGUGUGAUCAUCAGUAUUCCCAACAGCACAGAGAUACUUCAUCCAGUGAGCAGGUACAUCAGACAGGAGGUAAGAGGAGCAAUUGGAGGUCUCAGCCGGAUGCAUGUAUGCUUCAAGCAUUGAGUGAACGUCUGCGUCAGCAAGAGCAUUACUGCCAUGAGUUGCAACAGAAAAUACGUCAGUAUCAGCAACAUGCAGAUCUUAUGCUUCAGCAAACAUGGCAGCAGCAUAAGGAAGAGAUAGCAGAGCUACAGUCACUUCUUCACUCUACGCAGGAACGGUUGUUGCAGCAGACUUCUGUUUGCAAGGAUCAGACUGGGCGGCUGGCAUCGGCUGACCUUCUUGUCAAGGAUUUAUAUGUAGAAAAUGCAUAUCUUCAUCAGAGCGUCCAGCGACUAGAACAACGGUGCCAUUCACUAGCACAGAUGACCACUGACUCAAGCUCUGUGUAGUUACUUGUUUUUCUGUUGUGAAUUGGUACUGCCUUCUCACAUUCAGUUUUUCACAUGCUCCCUGUCUUGCACAGUGUAGAUCCAAGAGCUGUUUGAAUGUACUGUAGAGUAUUAGUUAAGAAGGAAAGACUUCUAGUGCAUUAGAGGACAAAUAAGAAGCCAAUUGGACUGUGCAUUUUGAUUCAAGUAACUAAAAAACUGAUUCAGCACAUUGUAUAAAUUAUUAUUAGACAGUUUUUCUUCUUGCAAGAACUUUUGAUUAGUGUGUUCUAGCUGCCAAACAAUGCAAACACUGCAAAUUUUCAACACACAGUAUUCUCUGUUUUUCCACAUAAUUGUAUUGUCACUUAUGUAUGAUGCAGUGUAUUUUAGAUAAGUAAUUCAGUAUCUUAGUAGCUAAUGAACUGCUUGUGUACUUGAGGAAAUUUGAAUCAUAAGAUUGCUACUAAGCUCCUCACACACUGCUACGCAAUUCAUAAAUAAUGUUGCAAUACUUGCCAUACUUUGGUUACUGUUGUAUUUUAAAAUGUAAUUUGUGUAAUUCGUUGUGUCCAAACUAUCAGUAUGACUUCCGUGUCAUAGAUUUUAUGUACACUUCAAAACUAUUUGUUCCCACAAGAGUGAAUAAUUGUAAAUCUGUUUAAAACUUUAGCGGAAAGACUAUUUUCUGCAUAUUGUUGUACUAUUUCCACUUAAAAUAUUCCCUAAGCAUAUCACAGUUUUUGUAGAAUAGUGUGGAAUUUGUGCAGAUUGUUCUCCAAACAGGAGCUAUUUGGUAUAUACAUUAUUGGGAACUACCAUCCCUCAUAUCCCUUUGCAUAUUAUCCGUGUUUAGCAUUAUAAGCACAAUAUUUGCUCAUGGGUAAGUGCUUUAUUGCUCAUUAUAUAUGCAAAUAAAUGUGAUAGGCUUUAAUAGAAUGUUAGUGUUAAUUUUUGGAGACACAGUUUAUCACAAGAGUAAAUAUUCAGUUGGUAAUUAUAGGUAAUAAAGUUGUUAUUUAUUUACUAAUUACUCAUAGGCAUCAGUCUUCUUCUGACUAUGAAGAUUAUUUGAGUUUCAGGAGCAUUAUCAUGUAUUGAGUUCUCAAUAGUAUGCAUUGAGAGGAUUUAGAUGCAGUUUUUAUUUAUGGAUAACUUAGGAUGGAUGUAGAAAAAUUUCAGUACAAGGUUAUCUAUUAAAAUGAAAUUGUCAGUACCUUAAUGAUAUUCAUAAUUAAUUUUAUAAAUGUAGAGAAGAUAGAGGGCUGUAGCAAUUAUGCCUUUACACAUUCGGUCAUUGUCAAGUUUUGACCAUCUGUAGCCCUUUUAAUACAGUGCAUGAUUCGUUGUCAGAUAAAAGUGAGAAAUUUGACUGCAACAGAUGAGUUUCAGAAAUCUCUUUCCGAAAUAUCUGUGGCACAUAUGAAUUAAUAAUAACAACAAUGACAAAGAAUUCAGUAUAUUUCACACAAAGAAAUGAAAUUUCAUAAUGACAAUAUAAUGAGAUGCAUCCACAAUAUGAAGGAAUCCUUCGAUGUAUGAGACAGUGGUCUUAUAUUUGGUAAGAUGAUUGUUAAAAUCUUUGCCCAGCCAUCAGCUUUAGGCUUCUUGCCAUUUCACUAAAUAGCCUUAGAUGAAUGCCAGGAUGACUCCAUGGAAAGGGAAUGGCAAGUUUCAUUUCGUACUCUCUCCGAAAUCUGAGCUUAUGUGCUCCAUCUUUUAUGAGACAGGAUGUUACAACCUAAUCUUCCUUCCUUCAGUCCCUCCUAAAGUAUGUGUACUACAACACAACUUUGAUGAUAGCUAGUAAUAUGACUGUGUCAUUGAUAUUAUAGUGCAUUGUCUCAUGAAGUGUUGCUCAGAAGCUAUCCUUCCAGUCGGCUAACAGGUUUAUAAAUGCCUCCAUCUUAUUAAUAUGCAGGUCCCAAGAGGCUAGUAGGUUGUUCUCAUCACCACUUAGCCAUCAGUCUUGUGCAGUUUAUCUUAACUUUUUUUGUGUUCUGUGGAUUUUACCCCAUCUCAGAUCUUUCAUAUUUUGAAGACUACAAUGUGUCUCUAGUUGUCUCUCUUACCUGUUACAAUUUUUCAUUCUUCAGUGGAUCAUUUUUUUGUAUUAUAUAUAUAUAAACCAGGGAGAAUACUAUUUAUUGAUACCACUAUUUCUGAUCUCCUAACAUUUGCAUACAACAUUGUUCGUCUUGAUUUUCAGAAUGACUAACACCGUCUUCAGUUAAUGAAAUAUUUAGAUAGUUGUUAAGAACAUGUUUACUUUACUCAUUGAGGGCAAAGGGGAAAAAACAAAAAUGAAAAGUAGAGAAUGAUCUUUGAACAUAUUAAUCCCCAGUCUUCAUGCCAGUAGGAAUAAAAAUAAUUGAAUAAUUAUAAUUAAUUAACUAACUAAUUUUAAGAAUUAGAGUACCAUAAAAGUUAACUGAUUGCUUCUGUAAUAUAAUUGUUAGCAACCUUUCUUACUGAUCUUCAAAGCUUCUAAAAGUUCACACAUGAUGCAAAACAUACAAACAUUAUUUCAACAUCAGUUACCACAGAUCAUAACAGUUCAUAAUACCUUCUUCUUCUUUUUCUUCUUCUUCUUCAUUUUAAAAAGCAAUCUGCAUUUGGAACAAAAACUUCUCUAUAAUCAGAAGAAAGAUAUUCUUUCAGAAAGUGGUAGCUUCACCAUAAUGUCACUGGCCGCUUUUUUUAUGUCAACUGUUUACCUAUUUGUGAUCUGGCAGCUUCUCCACUUUCAAAUUUUGUUGUACAUUGUCCCAAUGCUAAAGUUUCUGAAGUAUUCUUCUGUCACACAUUGAUUGCUUUAUCAUCUUUUUAUUUUGCAUUCAAUGUUAAUUUCUGUUCUGUAGUUGCCUGGUGCAGUUUUAACUGUAUUUAUGCUCUUCAUAUCUCUUUGUUCAAUCCCAUUGGGUGCAAUAAUGUAUUAUGCUUGUAUGUAUAGUACAUUCCUGAUGUUCAAGUUUAAAUAGCAUGGGGAGUGUAAUUUUUAAUUUUUAUUGCUUCCAAACAGAAACUUGUUUCAGGGUAAUCUAUAUAUAAAUGACACUUGUGGUGACUGUUUAAUUGGAAUAAAUAGGUCACUUGUCUGUGUAACAGUGAAUCAAGGCUAAUUUACAUAGGAUUAGUGAAAUCAUAAAGUUUUCAUAUUUUCUUUGUUUGGGGCUGCUUUGUGCUGGGGAGAAUUUUGAUUCUAAGCAGAAACACCACACAUCCACAACUCUGUUUCUUUUAUCUGAGUCUUUACACUACGUACUAUUUGUAAACCAUGAUUUAUUUUAGAACAUUUGUCUUGUCUGAUGAAUGACUGUAUUUUAGCGUUUAAAGAUUGAAGAUCAUCUGGCCCCUCUUGUCUUAUCAGCAUACCACUUUCAUAAAUGUUUAUUUUCAAUAGAAUUAAGCAGACAAUCAGUAAUCUCGGCAAUGUCAUAACUUCCACAUAAUGUUCAGCCAAUUAUUUUUUCCAUUAAGGUAUAAGGUUAUAAAUACAUAUUGCAACUGAUAAUUAACCAUUGCAUGAAAGAGUUCUAUGUAAAACUCAACAAGUAGGGAGAUAUUUUGUAAUGUGAAAAGGUGAUAUAUCGUGAGUCACUGUAAUGACAUAUUUCUGUUUCCCUUUCCUGUUUGUCUUUUUACACCUCUUGUAGUGCAGGUAUAAUCUAACACAUUAGCAAUUACUUAUUAUUUGGAUGCUUUGACUUUGUUGUUGUAGAUUAUGAUUUUUAGGGAGCAAAUAUUUUUCAUAAUAGUCUAAAUAGAAGGAAUGAAAGCUCUCUCAAUAGUAUAUAGCCUGCACCAUAGUGUUAGAAGCAUUGUUCAAACUGAGGCAGUCAUUUUAGUGACUAGAUGCUGUUUUUUGCAAAGCUUCAUUGUAGUACUUUUAAGAAAUGGAAAAUAUGUACCAAAUGUUGUGACCUAAGAUUCUGUUGUAAUUUUCUGUUUUAAAUUAAUAAUAUUGUUGUACAGCAUAUUUUUCUGUAGAUAAUGAAAAGACAUCAAGUAUUUAUUUGUACUGUUUAUGUGGGCUAAGAGCAUUUUGUGCUGUUGGUCUCUAUUCCUAUGCAUAUUGCUAUACCAAAAUAUAUAUAAUUUUCUAUCUUGUUUUUUGAUUCAUGUAAUAAUCCUUUUUAUACUGAAAGCUUAUUGCUGUCUUUUACAGAAAGGUACAAAUUACAUAUAAGAAUAUUAGUGUAGUUUACAUAUAUCUUUUAUUAUGCAAUAAGAUGUUUGAAUAUUAUUGUACAGUAAUUAAAAUCGUUAUAAAAUGUUGAUAGGUUAAUAUAUCCAUGAAUACACUAUCAUUUGUGUACAGAUAAUAUAGUGUAUUGAUAAGAGACAUAUUUUUUGAAGUAGUGAAUACUAGUCAGAUGUGUCACUGUCAAACUGGCAAACUUGAACGUCCAUUGUGUGCAAUUAUUUGCAUGUUUUUAUAAAAUUUUUCUAAAAUCAUUACUCACCAAUGAAUGUGCUUGCACAUUGUUAAUGGCAACUCUUGAGUUUUUAGUUUCAAAUAACACACACAAUCUGUCAGAUUUGAUACGAAGUUACGAUACUGUUGUUGUUUUCAAGACAGUAUUUGUGUCACUGUUAGUGUAUUAGUAUAGUGUGUUACACUUAAACUCUUGUUGAGAGCUGUGUUGUAUAUGCUGUGUUUUGGUGCUUGAAAUUUUGAGAAUUUUGAAAUAUUAGAACAGAACUUAUGCAUAUUUUCAAAGAGCUUUUUAUGGAUGUCUGUUCAUUUAUCAUUUUUCCAGAUUUGUAAAAAUGAUGAAAAAGAAAUUUAUAUAAAUGGUUUCAAUGUUACCAUGAUACAAGAUUUUUGUGCCUUGCUGUUUUUUACAGUAUUUGUGUACAGU